AUGACAAAGCCUGGGUUCCAGCUGUUCCAGUUUAUUGAGAACAUCCUGAAGGACCGAAACGUGGACUACGACAUCGUGCGGUGGGACGAGACGGUCAAGCCGCGGAAGAGCAUCAAGGACAUCUUGUACGGGGCCGGCGCCGCGGCUGAUGCGCCGGGCAAGUACAAGGGGCUCGUGUUUGCGCCAAACCUGGAGGCGACGGGGUCGUUCAACAAGGACGAGGUUCUGCAGCUGUGGGACUACCAAAAGAAGACCGGCGCGCGCGCCAGCCGCUGGAACGUGUGGCCCAGCGCCCUGGGGCUGGAGCCAGACUCGGGCUCCUGCAGCAGCGGCGCGGACGUGGGCGCGUUCACGGACGCGAUGCCGCUGGCGGACACGACCGUCGGCAGGGCGGACACGGUCGCGCUGGAGGGGCUGUACAGGUGUCCCGGAAACCAGGCCAAACCCCUGAAGACGUGCAACAUCUUCGCCGCCGACUUUGCCGACGACGGCAUCAUAGCCCCCUGCAACUCCACAGUCGUCCUCAGCGCGCAGGCCGCGCAGGCCGCCGGCAAGCCCGCCGCAGUCGGCGCCCUCGUCCGUUACGACGACGGCCGCCAGACCCUGGGCUUCACCUUUGACUGCGCCGCCUGGAGCGCCGGCUGCAAGACCCUCGGGACCAUCAGCGUGGCGUGGCUGAUGAGCGCCGCAGGCGCGCCCGCUGCAGCCACGCCAUCCCCGCAGCUGGCGGCGCUGGCGACGAAUACCCCAGGCGGCGGCAGUGGCAGCGGAGGCGGCUCGGCCGCGACCAAAGUUCCGGGACCUGGCCGGCCCAAGCUGGAAAUCUAUUACAAGUUCCCUCGCGAACCGGCCGCUGCGGGCGGCACGGCCGCGCGGCCGUCGGCGGCGCCGCCCGCGUCUGCGGUGCCGGGGGUGCCCGGCCGGGGUCGGGCAUACGGAUUCUAUGGCCCCGUGCAGACCAGCCGGCAGCGGACCGGCAGCACUCCAGCCGGCGCCCAGCAGCAGCAGGGGCAGGUGCAGCCGCCGCAGCAGCAGCAGCCGCAGCAGCAGCAGCAGCAGCAGCAGCAGCAGCAGCAGCAGCAGCAGCAGGCUCUUGCUGCUCCCCAGGUUGUCAACCCCCUCUCCAUCAUGACCAACGCCGGGCAGCCCGUGCUGACGCCAGAUGGACGACUCAUCGUGACAAACGGUAUGACGCCGGUCAAAGGCCCAGGCUCUGCAGGGGCCCUCUCUGCCGUGGGGCGUCGCCGCCGCACCAGCAGCUAA